CAAAUAUUGUAUCGAUAAAUAAAACAUUAUUACCAAUAACUUUGAAAAGUGCCAGCAACACGACUACCCUGAGCCUGGGCCUGGUCACACUGGCCAGCAGACGUCACAAUUAUUUUGUUUUGUUUUGUGCGAAAAGUUUGCAGGCCAGCGAGCGUGGAAUAUACCACAAGCGACGGCAGCAUGGCGAGCGGGAUAAGCGGGAAUAACAGCAGCAUCAGUAGCAGCGGAGCGGUACAGUCGGCGGACACGGCGACACCGUCGGCGGAGAAGUGGGGCUUCCCCCUGUUAGAGCUCUACCGCCUGGCAUUCACGUUCUACAAGAGGAACUCCGGCAAGGCCAUUCACCUAUCGUAUGAGGAUAAUCUUAAGCUGAUCGCCUUCAAGCAGCAAGCAGCCCUAGGUCCCUUCAACACUAGCCGUGCACCAGCUCUAGGUGUCCUCGAUGUGAUCGGGCGCGACCGCCAGCAGCACUGGCAGCUGCUGGGCGAGAUCACUCGGGAGCAGGCCAUGGAGGGUUUCGUCGACCUGCUAGACACCAUGUGCAGCGCCUUCCGACCAUAUAUCGAGGCAGUGCGGCAGGACCGUGACGACACGCUACGCAAAGAGCUGCGCCACAUGGAGCUAGAAAAGGAGGCACGCGAGAGACAGGAAAAUGCCCAGCAGGAGCUACUCGAGGAGGGCUACAAAGAAGAGCUGCAGCGUCGCCAACUGCAGGACGCCCUUAACAAGCAGACGUACCAGCAAUUUAAGCUUUAUGCCGAAAAGCAGUUCCCGGGAAAUCCUGAGCAGCAGGCUGUGCUUAUUCACCAGCUGCAGCGCGAGCACUAUCACCAGUAUAUGCAGCAGCUUCAUUUACAGAACCAGAAUCAGCUGCAGAACCAGAACGCAGAGGAAAAAGGCAACCAAGACAGGGAGCUGGAGGACAACACCCCAGCGAAUAACAACAACAGCAGUACCGACUUGCCCGGCGCCAUGGAGGGUCUAAAGCUUGGUGAGAUUGACACGCAGCAGCAGUUGGUUACAGAGCAACAUGGCCAUGUCGAGCAGACUGAGGGUAUAGUGCAGGAUCAGCUUGGCGAGGAAGACUACGACGACUACGUGAUGAUUUGCCCGGCCAAAAUCUGGACUCGUCCUGACAUUGAGCAGUUUAAGACUGAAGUGUCUGCCGGCGAUGGUGACGGUGUUAUUACCAUCGGACACGGCGAUACUGUGACGGUUCGUGUGCCCACCAAUAUGAACGGCAAGUGCAUCUUCUGGGAGUUCGCCACAGACAGUUACGACAUUGGCUUUGGCAUCUACUUCGAGUGGGCAAAACCAGUGACCAACGAAGUGACCGUGCAUGUAAGCGAUUCCGACGAAGACGAGGAUUGUGUGGACGAGGACUAUUUAUCCACCACCGAAGACCUAGAGUCGGGCUCGUUGUCCCAAGAGCGCGGUGCAGUAAGCAACCCGACUGCCGCCCCCAAGGCACCUAUUUCCAUAAUAGUGCCCAUUUAUCGGCGAGAGUGCUACAAUGAAGUAUACGUGGGAUCUCACUCCUAUCCGGGCGAGGGCGUCUACUUGCUGAAGUUCGACAACAGCUACAGCAUCUGGCGCUCCAAGACACUUUAUUACCGCGUCUACUAUGAGCGUUAAGAGGCCAAAAUGUAUUUAAUAUCCAAUAACUUAGAAGAAUCCUAUAUCUGUAUAACCGGCUAAUGUGCAAGUCCGGAAUUAUCUGUAUGUGCGUGUGGGUUUUGGUGUUACAUGUACGUUAAUACUUCUCCGGGAAACAACCAGAGAAACGACCAUCUCUUUGCGAUAUGGCGGAUGGCGUUUUCUCAUAAAAAAAAACAAUAUUUAUUAUUUAGUUGUAGCCGACAAAGACAAGUACGAAAUUCAAAUUGAAAAUAAUAAACCAAUAACAAGGCAA